GAAGUGAGAACGCAGCACAAGUGUCACCCACUGAGCCACACGGGGACAGCACUCACAGCACUGAGACAGAGGAACUGCAGAGGCAGGGGAAAUACCAACAGUGGUCCAUGGCAGGGCUGAUAAAACCUGUGACUGCAUGGAAGGAGGGGACCGUGCACAGCUGCAGACGACAGCUGAUGGGGACACGAGGUGGAGAGAAGGAUGGGGAUCCUGAUGCUGUGGUGACCAGGAAUCAGGCACAGACCCAAGAGCCUCAGCAGGAGCCAUGUAAGUUCUCUGCAGACAGCACUUUAUGCUAGCUUUGCCUGCUGGUAGCUGGUGCUGAGUUUGCUUUGACACAUGCUGGUGAAGCUGCUGCUCACAGCCAGGUGCUUUGUGCUUUGUGCCUUGUGACAUGGCUUCUCCCUCUCUUGGGACCUCACUGGGCUGAUGAGACCCUCAUCUGGCAACCACAGCACCAAGCUGUGGAUGGGAAGCAUCACACUGGAGAGGUUCUAUGAGCUGAGCCCCUCCAGGCAUGACUUCGACUGCUCAUGGUUUAUACCACUAGUGAUUACCUGGACACAGACAAGAGGAGGCUUUCUAUACAGUGAUGAAACUAGCACAUCCCAGAAUCUGGAUGAUUUUGAAGACUAAAGUACCAACAAGGACCAUGACAUAAAAAUGUUGUUGGUUGGGGAUUGAUGAGCUGGGCACACUAGUAUGUCAGUAACUAUUUGUAAGCAUCCACCAAGGAGCAGCCCCAAGAAAGGCAAAAGCAGUCCCUGGAAAUUGAGAAUUUUGUAAUAUUGUGACUGUACACUAGCAUGGAAUUAUUUUCAAAGGGUGUGAAUGUGAUGUGCAGACAAUGCAGAAAUACUCCGGAAGCUGCUCUAAGGGGACCUGGAAAGUGGAAAGGGGAAAUAACGUUUGCCCAAGACAGCAAUUCAAGGUGCUAACAUCAGGACCUUUAAGCUCAUUGAUGACCUUGGCUGAGCAUUUCUGGUAAAUAGGCUGUCGUGGGGAGCCCAGAGCAGCCCCUGGGACACAGGCACCCACAGUCACAAAGCCAGCAGGUCACAGGGUCACAGUGCCACACGUUUUCUCAGAAUUGCUGGUUGAGAAGAGCUAUGGCAGACAAGAGAACUACUAUGAUUCAGAGUGAAAUGCUUUGUGAUAAUCGUGAAACUGCCUGCAAACCACUGUCCUCACCUCUCCAACAGCUGCAGGACUGUUAGGGCUGUUCUGUCCCACGGCUCAGGCAGUGUGACAACAGAAGCCACUCCUGCUCCAAUCCCAGGGUUGGCACUCUGGAAGGCAGAGAGAAGACCUCAGGACCUUCCAGGGCAAUGGGUCCCGUCCAAGCACAGUCUCUAGGGUGAGGAGGGUCAACAGGCAUUGCCCAGUGAGACAUCAGGCAGCAGAAGGUAAAGAAAAACCCAAAGAUAGUCCACCUCCAGAGGAACUGCUGCAGGGAUGCAGGGCAGACAAGCCUUUCACGUCCCUGCAGGACUAUUGCAGGCUCCUCAGUCAGCAGGAGGUGGUACAAGCCACACCAAUGGUGAUGACAGAGGAAGCUCUGCCCUGUGUUCAGGAGGAGUGCGGAUGCUUUCUCGGCCAGCCUUGCUGCUCUCACAGCCACCAGAAAUUGUGAUCGGAGGACACCUCACUGGUCAUGUGCAAGGAGAUCUGCUCGUUGAGCCUGCACAGCACUCCACAGCUGGCCUGGAGGAACUCACUCUCUGCAAGGACAGCAAGAGAACAGGAAUUGUACGUUUUGAUACUCCCAAAAUGAACCACAGCAGCUGCAAUAUCACAGCCUAUGAAAUAUUUUCACUUUUCCAGCUGUGUGUUUACAUCCCAGUUUUGGGUUUGGGCAUUAUUCUGAACAUGUUAGCACUGUGUGUGUUCUGUUGCAAACUUGGCAAAUGGACAGAAACCAGAGUAUAUAUGGUCAACUUGGCUGUGGCUGACUGCUUGCUGCUCUUCACCUUGCCGUUCAAAACUCUGUCCCAGUUCCAGCACCUGAAGGUGGAUGGGUGGUGCCUGGUUCUGGAAGGUGGCUAUUUCACAAACCGCUUUAUGAGCAUUGGCAUCAUCACCCUCAUUGCUGCGGAUCGGUACCUCGCUAUCAAGUACCCUUUGAGAUCCAAGGCACUGAGGUCGCCGCUGAAGGCAGCUUUUGUCUCUGGAGUCCUUUGGAUAUUCAUCAUCUGUGGGACUGCCCUCAUUAAAAGCUUUGAAGACCGAAGAGAGGAUGAUUUUUGCUUUGAAAAAUUUUCUGUGACACCCUCGGUGAUCACACUGUGUGCCAUUAUUACAGGGUUUUUCAUACCACUGCUCAUCUUGAGUUACUGCUCCAUACAAGUCAUUGCAGAGCUCAGGAGAAAGAAGAAUGACAACUGUUGCAAUGAAAUGCUGAACAGGAAAGCUGUCUACAUUGUGUCUGCAAACAUGGCUGUGUUCAUCAUUUGCUUUUUACCUCUUUACCUCGGGCAUCUGCUGCGCUUCGUCCUGGACUCCAUCGGCUCCAACUGCUCGGCAAUACAGAGCAUCAACAACUUUGUUCACUUCGCCUCCAUCCUCGCCAACACAAACUGCUGCCUGGAUGCCAUUUGUUACUACUUUGUCAACAAGGAAUUUAAGGAAGCGUCUUCCAAGCUAGCAAAGUCCAAAUCCGAGGCCAGUGAAGAAGGUGAAAUUCAGCUCCCACAUGUAACACAUUAACACAAAACACAUACAGCAUGCAUUUUAUAUUUGUUCUGUUCAACUGGGACUCACUAGCAGGGUUUCACACUUCCUUUUUGUAAGAGUGGGAUGGAGGGACAUUCUACUGAAAGGAGACAUUCAGAUACAUGAUUCAGCUCUGAACCAGACAACCACAGCAGUCCAGGUCCUGAUCUAAUGAUCUAGACUGCCGCCGAAAAUUCUCUGCCUUAAUGCAAAUUUGCAUAAAAUGAUAGAUUUCCCCUGCCAAAAUCCCCCUGUCUUUCAUUUUCCCACAAAACCCAGAAGAAGCACAGGCACUGGUAAAGGAUCGGGUUUUGUCUCUCAUCCCCACCUUGGAUCAGUGUUUGUGCAGCUGUGACAAAGAAAUAAGCUAUUCCAAAUAUCAAUUCAUUUUAAAAAAAUCAGAGUGAAACCAUGCAGAAAAAGAAAGAAUGGUGUUUCUAUAUGUCACAAUCUUACUGGUUUUUAGUUGCUAAUAAUGCACAAUCCCAUAACAGGCAUAUUUAGCUUGCUUUAAAGAACUUUACAGCAGUGUAACAACUCCAAAAUGGUCAACAUUACAACCCAAGGUCAGAAGAAAUUGCAAUUGCUUGUACUGGGAAAAAACUUUACAUCAAAAAUGUUUGAGUAAAAUGGCAUUUAAAAAUAAAUAGAAGAGCUGGUGCAGGGCAGUGGGAACAAGGGCACUGUACUAGGAUUCUGUUCAACCUUAUAAUGUAAAGGAUUGUCUGAAGUGUUCCAAAGCUGUUCCAAAGAAAUCAAUCUAAAUAAAGUUGUGUCUCUGG